AUGCAUAUUUGGGAUUGGAGUCCUUGGACAAAUGGUCAACAUAUGCGACUUGGUCCACAUAUGAUGGAACUAGAAUCUGCCAAUUUUUGUAAGGAUAUAUACAUGAUUAUAGGAAGAAUUAUGAUUCACAUUCAGAAAAAAGCUCGUAACAUUUGUAGAGAUUUGAGGGGGUUUUUUGGUCUGCCAGGUCUGCGGCGUUUUGAUUUAGUUUUUCAAGAUAGUUUCCUAACACUUGAUGGUGCUAUUAAUUGGCGUUCCAAGAGAUGGCUCAUUUGUGUUUGUAAUCGUAGUUAUUUGUUGAUGAUAUGA